AUGCCGGAUACUGCAGAUCAUGGGAACCCGCCCGCGAAAAGGCAUGAUCCGCAACUUGAAGGUGCUGAACAACUCGAAGAUCAUAUGUUAAAGAGCAAGGAUGGCUUCUCGAAUGAGGGUGGACCCAAUUCCACGAUUGAAAAUGCGUCUCCAGCAACGGAGAGCCUCCAGUUCGACGGCGCCCAGGAAGAAGAAGCGCUCAUCCCUCAAUCAUUUGAGCGAAGUAACAGCCCGACAACGAUGCAGAGAAAUAAAAGUGCCGGCUAUGAAAGAGUUGGCGAUAGUGCCCGACACAAGAUGCACCGUUUCAGUUUGUACGAGACGACAACGCGCUUCUAUCUCGUCGCGGGCGACGUCCUUGACCGACACUUUCGCGUCCUGAAAAUCGAUCGCACAGCACCGCCUGGUCAUCUCAAUAUUUUCGAGGAUGAGAUAGUUUACGACAAGCGCGAAAUGAACCAACUGCUAAAUGCCAUCGAUGACGGAAACAAGGCCAGCGGUGGACUGAAGCUGAAAUGCUCCAGCUGGGGACUGAUGGGCUUCAUUCGAUUUACUGAAGCUUACUACAUGCUUCUCAUCACGAAGCGGACUCAAGUGGCCAUGCUUGGAGGGCAUUAUAUCUAUCAAGUGGAUGGAACGGAGUUGAUACCUCUCACCACCGGCUCGACCUCGAAGUUUCAGCGCGACCGCAACCCAGAGGAGGCCCGAUACUUGAGCAUUCUCAAUAACUUUGACUUGAACAACAACUUUUACUUCAGCUACUCCUACAACAUCACCAGAAGCCUGCAGCAGAAUAUUAUCCGAGAACGAGAAGCCCUUGCUCAGGGCCAAACACCGUACCCGCACGACUGGAACGACAUGUUCGUCUGGAAUCGUCAUCUACUCAAUCCUGCAGUAGGUGUCAUUCAGAACACGUUCGAUUGGUGUCUGCCCGUGAUACAUGGAUUCAUCGCGCAGUCUUCCCUGAACGUGUUCGGUCGCAGGGUGUACUUGACCAUCAUCGCCAGGCGUUCGCGAUGCUUUGCUGGAGCAAGAUUUCUCAAACGCGGUUCAAAUGAUCUUGGAUAUGUGGCGAACGACGUUGAGACGGAGCAAAUCGUUUCCGAAAUGAUCACUACCAGUUUCCACGCCCCUGGACCCCGACUUUUUGCCAAUCCCACGUAUACAUCCUACGUUCAGCACCGUGGAAGCAUUCCGUUGUACUGGACGCAAGAAAAUACCGGGGUCACGCCGAAACCAGAUAUCGACUUGAAUCUCGUCGACCCAUUCUACGAAGCAGCGGCACUUCACUUUGACAAUCUUUUCGAACGAUAUGGAUCUCCAAUCUAUGCUGUCAAUCUGAUCAAGGCGAGAGAGCGUACGCCACGAGAAUCAAAACUCCUUUAUGAAUUCGAAAGUGCGCUACGGUAUCUGAACCAGUCAUUGCCGGAAGGGAACAGGAUCUUAUACAAGGCGUUCGACAUGAGUAGGGCGGUCAAGACGCGAGGCCAGGAUGUGAUUGGGACCCUGGACAUUCUUUCGGGGGAGAUUUUGGCGAAAACUGGAUUCUUUCAUAACGGUGGUGAAAAUGUUGGCCACCCGAGCCUCCAAAACGGAGUGGCGAGGACCAACUGUAUCGACUGCCUGGACCGGACCAAUGCUGCGCAGUCGGUCAUUGGCAAACGAGCGUUCGGGAGACAGCUGCAGUCUCUUGGCAUUAUUGAGGAACCGACCGUCGAAUAUGAAACCGAUGCCGCCGAUAUCUUCACGAAUAUGUUUCACGAGCACGGGGAUACCAUCGCGGUUCAAUAUGGCGGAUCCCAUUUGGUCAACACCAUGUCCACGUAUCGGAAAAUCAAUCAAUGGCAGUCUUCCUCCCGGGAUAUGGUGGAGUCAUUCAAGCGAUACUACAACAACUCAUUCAUCGAUGCACAGCGUCAGGAGGCAUAUAACCUAUUCCUUGGGAACUACAUUUACGCGCAAGGCCAGCCCAUGCUUUGGGAACUGGCAUCCGACUACUACCUGCAUCACCGAGAUCCUCGAUCGUGGAAUGAUAGUCGUGCUCAAAGGCGAAACUAUAUCCAGUGGUAUACGCCAAAGUUCCUUGAGAGACGAUCUCUACCACACUCCCCGGAGCAGGUUGACGAUUACUGGCUAGAAUUUUAUCGUCCAUUGGCAAUAUCGUCACUUGCGAAGGUCUUCUCGUAUCGACUGAUUGUAAACACUCGAUAUAUUUCUGGCACUGGGGCCCCCUCGGUAGGAACAGGGCAUCAAGAUUCUCGCCAAGGUCUGUCUCCAUUUCGGCCUCGACGGCGCCCCGACCCAGAGCGACCGACUACUCCAGACAAGAAAACGCGAAAAGGCGUCACCAUCUUUGAUCCGCUACGCGAUGACGUGUCCAUCAUCACCCGCCCAGGAUCCGCCCCUCGCGAAAUUUCUCCAAUUCGCCAAGGAAUCAUCCGAGAGUCCAAACCCACGCGACUAAAUCCGUAUGAAUCGGCUCAACCACUCCCAGCCCCGGCAUUCUCAAUCGGAUCUCUUCCGGUUGCCUCCAGCCAUGAUGCUGUCCCUUACUCUUCGAUCACAACGGGUACAUCGAACUCCUUGUCAAGCUCCUUUCCACCUGGAGAUAAAACCCUUCAGCACUUAUGGACCCUGAAUCAGUUCCACCAUCACAGUCUCAAUCCCACUGUCAGUGCCGCCGAAGCAGAAGAAUACGAUCAAUAUGUACGACAUCCCUUGGAGCUGCCCCUGGUUGUGGGCAAUGAAUUGCCCGGUUCGGAGGAACUUGCCGCACUUAUUCAGUCCGGUGAGUUCGGCGAAGAUAGCAGUCUGGUAGACUUUAUGGUCUACGUGGGCGGAAAAGAUCUCAAGCGCGAUCUUGCGUCAGGCUCGAUGCUGGGUCGAAAUGCCUUGGGCAUAAAUAUCACGGACGAGGAAAUGGACAAUGGGGCUGCGCGUUGGCAGAAAGAGCGACCUUGGGAGCCCGAUGAGGAGGUGUUGGAGGAGUACCAUGAUUAUCUUGUCUUGCCCGAUGAUCCGCUGACAGUGAGGGGGGAUGACGGAGCGAAAAAACGAUAUAAGGCCUACCGGCAGUGGCUUCGUGGGAAGAGUUUGUUUAAGCAGAGUAAAGUGGACCCGGAGUAUAGGCCGGAUGCGCCAUGAUUUGUAAAGUGUCCACUCAACAAGAUGUACAUUCUCUACGAUCAAUUCAGUCUGUGACUCUCUCUAUUAGUGACGCUGACAAGAGACGUGGAAUACUGGAAGGG